AUGUCACCACCCGGCAUUACUCCACAAUAUCCCGUCUUCUCCAGUGAAGAUCUCACAAGGCCGGUUACCGGUUUGAGAAGACCAUUAGUACCACCCCCAAGAAGAUAUUUCGGCGGUGAUUACGACCCUCAACCUAGUUUUUCAUCAGAUACUGGACGAGCUCUCCGUGUUCGAGAAGAUCUCUUUUACGGUAAUAGAGAGAGAGACGCUUCCAUGUCUUCCCGUGCUCGUACCCACGAUGAUUACCCUCAUCCCGACUAUAACGAACGUUCCCGUCCUCCACACACCUAUCGCAAUAUCGCGGGAUGGGAAAGUGGCUCUCAGAAAUUAUAUUUUGAUGAACCCUCGCGAAGUGAUCUUGGUAAAGACCGAGACCUAGAGAAGGGAGCCAGGGAAACAGGUGCUACGCAUGAAUGGGCUAAUGGUGAGAAGAUUCGAAGAAAGAGUACUGAUGAUAGUAUCGACGGGUAUAAUUACGAUUCACAUAAAAGAGCUGAAAAGAAAGGAACGAUUGAUUUGGAAAAUUUGACACCAGAAGAAAGAGCGAUAGUUAUGAGAUUACCAUGGACGCAUUGGAUGAAUAGUGGUUUCAAAAAUCACUUUGUAGCAACAGUCGGUGAAUUUGUCGGCACAACUAUGUUCCUCUUCUUUGCCUUUGCCGGUACUCAAGUCGCCAACAUCGACAGUGACACAGCAAACACUACAACAGGUGGUGCUACCGGGUUCGAUGUCUCAGUUGAACUCUACAUCUCCAUCAUCUUCGGUUUCUCCCUCAUGGUAAAUGUUUGGAUCUUCUUUCGUAUUUCAGGAGGUCUCUUUAAUCCCGCUGUGACCCUCGGUAUGGUCCUCGUUGGCGCCCUUCCCAUCGCCCGUGCCAUAUAUCUAUUUGUCGCUCAAAUUCUCGGUCUCUUUCCUACUACAUUCAAUGUACGAACUACGCUGGCUGCUAGUACAUCGACGGUGCGUGGUGUUUUUAUUGAAGCGAUCUUAACGGCUGAAUUAGUUUUUACAAUUUUUAUGCUAGCAAAGGAAAAACAUAAGGCGACAUUCAUUGCGCCGGUGGGUAUUGGUUUGGCAUUAUUUAUUGCGGAGAUGGUGGGUGUGUUCUAUACUGGUGGAAGUUUAAAUCCAUCCAGGAGCUUUGGUCCUUGUGUUGUUACUGGGUCUUUUGAUAAGGAACAUUGGAUUUAUUGGGUCGGACCAAUUAUGGGUACAUUCAUCGCAGUAUUUUUCUACAAAUUCAUCAAGAUGCUCGAAUACGAAAUGGCCAAUCCAGGUCAAGAUGGAGAUGCUAAGAAUGAUCCUACACGGAAUGAAAAGAAGAGAGAACAAAUUUUGGAGGAAAGACAGAGGAGGUAUGAUAAGAGGAGUGGAAUGGGGUGUUUGGGACCGGGGAGUAGGUGA